AUGACUGCAGGAUCAAGGUUUUAUCGGGAGCAGGAUUUGGUGAAAGAAGCCGUUAUCCCACGGCAGAAUGGCAUGGUCUUAUCUUCAGAUGCUAAGCAGGCAGUCCUCGAGCCAUUGAAGAGUUCAAAAACAGCGACAGCAAGAGCUAUGUCGAUCAUAGGCAACAACGAAUUGAUUGAUGGUAUUUCAGUGCGGUCGCCCACCUACUUAUUGUCGGUAUUUCAUCGACUACGGUUGCGUGUUUCGAGAACCAUCGAAAAGGCCACUCAGAAGAUAGAUAAAAAGACAUCAGCGUACUAUAGGCAUGAAAGAAGACUGACAAGUACGAUUGCAAGUUUGCAUUCCGAUCCUAGGGAAAGAUUGCUGCCAGGUUUUACAUAUAUCAUUGUCGCAGCUAUGUCCGGCUCAGUUCUGACAAGAAACAAACGAUUCUUGUAUAGAUUUACUGCUCCACUAGUGUUGGGUUCGGCAUGCUUCUCCUAUGUGUUACCAACAACGUUUCAAAACACCGCUGCUUUAUUACACUCGAUCGAGUCUGCCCAUUUCCCAAGGGCGGUCGCGAAGCAGGACGCUAUAAUUAACAAGACUGUGCAGAUAGGUCGUACUACGGCUAGCCACAUUGACUAUCUCGCCGAAUCUGUCUUCAACAUAGCUGCCAAGUUCCGUCACUCUGUCAAGGAAUGGACCAACCUUAACAUCGAGUAA